AUGGCUUCCACACCAAUACGUAGACUUUGUCAUUGGGGUCCAAUCUCAGUUUUAGGCAUCAUAAAGCUUAUUACUUGGGCUAUGGUGAACUUCUUGGGUAUAUGGUGGCCGCCACACGCAUCUAUUGGAGGGGCAUUCAAUGCCGUGGUGUUUUUAGCAUUUGCUGCAGCUACAUUAUAUUAUUUUCUUCAGUCAUUGCUUGAAGGACCUGGUUUUGUUCCUGUUGGUUGGAAACCAGAAAACGAGGCAGAUGCAGAGUAUUUACAAUUUUGCACAAUAUGUAACAGUUACAAAGCUCCUAGGUCUCAUCAUUGUAAAAAAUGUGGUCAGUGUGUGCUCAAAAUGGACCACCAUUGCCCUUGGAUCAACUGCUGUGUGGGCCACGCUAAUCAUUGCUACUUUACGACAUUCCUCAUGUGUGCUGUUAUUGGUUGCUCCAUGGCUUCAGUGGAGUUAUCAAUAUGCAUGUACUAUGCUAUAACACGAGCGCGUUUAGGAGCCACCGGAGCGCGACUCCUCAUGCCAUUGGGUAUGGUACUUCUCACUCUGUUGGCAAUCGGCAUGGCUGUUGGAGUUGUGCUCGCUGUGGGCGCAUUGUUCUAUUUCCAGGUUCGCGGUAUUCUUCGCAAUCGCACAACAAUAGAAGACUGGAUAGUGGAGAAGGCUACGGGGCGUCGUGCUGAGCAAGGGCUGCCUCCGUUCAUAUUCCCCUAUGACUUGGGGUGGCGACGAAACGUGGAUAUGCUGCUCGGAGCCAAACACGACGGCAUCAAGUGGCCUAUCAGGCCUGACUGCGGGCAGUACGACUUAACUCGGGAGCAGCAGGCCCAGAAGUUGGAGAAGCGCCUUCGUUCCCGCGUGUACCGCAUCAGCGAGCCGUACUCCGGUUGGUGGCUGCCUAUACUCACAUACCCGAAGGCUGCCUUCAACGCACCCUGCACUGAUGAGCAUAGACUGGUGUUGAAGCCUGGAGACACGGUGCGAGUCACUAGGCAACGAAGACAUUGGCUGUUCGGGGAACAAGUAUGCGAGGGGGGGAACCGCGCGCCUCGUGGUUGGUUCCCGCGCGACGCCGCCAUUCCUGCGCAUGCGCAUGCCGCGUGA